AUGGAUGAUCAUCAAAUUGUUGUUACCGACUACUCUGAGUUUUCAGGCAGCGAUGAUGAGACAGACUCAUCUGACACACAGGAUGCAAGCAACAAUAGUGACGCUUUGAAUGAAAAUGAAGACCCAUGGAAAAUUAUUAUUACCGACCUCCUAUCCCAGGGCCAUAAAGGUCCAGCAAUUGUUACUAUACUCCGCAACACUCACGACUACGAAAUUUCGCUCUCCACACUUGCCCGCAAGCGGAAAAUGUGGGGUCUUCAACUGCGUGACCUGCCCAAGAAACCCAGACCUUCCAUCCGGGCAUCAAUCGUCUCCUCGCACUCCAAAGGUCUCCAACUGAAAGAAAUCCAAGCUAGACUUCUUAAGGAAACCGGAGUCGACGUCUCUGUCCGAACAAUAAAAAGAUAUAUGAGUCAAUUGAAUCUCAAGCAGCUUGCCAACGAUCUGGCACAAGGGAUCGUUACUCUUCAACAAGUGAAUGAUUGCAUCAGCCAUAUCCGAACCAACCUUCUCUCAACAGCCAGUGGGUAUCGAGUAGUAACCAAAAUUCUCAAGACAUACUAUUCCAUCCGAUUGCCAAGAACUGUUGUUUACAACAUCCUUCAAGAAAUUGAACCAGAUGCAGUUGAGGCUCGCCGGCGUCAAGCAUGCAAACGUCGUGUUUACCGCACUCACGGGCCAAACCAUAUAUGGUCCUGUGAUGGACAUGACAAGUUGAAAAGAUUUGGUCUCUGUAUCUACGGGUUCAUUGAUGCUUGGUCCCGUAAAAUUCUAGGGAUGUUUGUACAUGUUACAAACAAUGAUCCUCGGCACAUUGGUGUCUACUUUCUCCAACUUGUCAAAGCUGCUGGUGGAAUACCACUGAAGGUGACUACAGACUAUGGCACCGAAACAAUUGACAUGUCUGCUUUGCAAAUGAUGCUCUCAUACCAAAAUACACCAGCACUCACAAUGGAAGAAGCAAAACUUCGAAUGCAUUUUACUAAAUCAACUCAUAACCAGAAAAUCGAAUCUCUUUGGUCACAAUUAAUGAAGCAGCAUAACCAAGCAAUUAUCAACAACAUCAUGCCUGAAAUUGAAAAUGGAAACUACGAUGCAAAUGAUUACCUUCAAAACUUAGAUCGCUGGGUUCACUUGAAAAAUGAGACUCGAAAGCGGAAGGACCGUCGGAUUGAGCUCCCAACUGGCUUUGCACCCGAAUUUCUAUAUGGUACCCCUGAGCACUUUGGUACCGAAGAUCAUCUGGUUCCAAUCCCUGUCAGUAGAAUUGAAAACCUCCUACUUGAACACUAUCCCGACCGUGAGGAGAUGUUCAGGCAAACCCCACCUUGGUUUCACGAGACUGCAAUGUCCAUCAUGAACAGAAUUGGAUUACGCUUCUCCAACAUAACAAUCGGAACUGUGUGGUUAGCCUUUUAUGAGAUGCUGCCACACAUCAGACAACAAUUCCCUCCAGGCUCUUUUCCCACUGAAGAACUAGAAACCCAUGAUCUCGCGGCUUUUCCAACUUCAGAACAAGACACCAAUGACACCCUUACCAAUUCAAAUGAAUGA